UCAAACAAGGUGUAAUAAAUAAAAAUACUACACGAUCAAGUGUAAUUUUAGAACUAGACUGGUAGUCUUAAGAUCGUUACAUAUGGCUAACUUAGAACGCUUACCAUCUGUUGCCACUUCUGUGAACUAUUGACCGAGAAUGAUUGAUGCUAGUGGAAAUAAUGAGGGAGAUUCUCUGAGGACAGUGAUAUGUGAUGGUUCUUGAGAGUUUGGUUGAAAGGUUCUUGAACACGAAGAUCCCCAGCUGAAGAAGAGGAGUGCAAAAAUAGCAAAUGUACUAUUAACGCCACACUGAGCUGAUGAAUGUUGAUGGAACAAAACCACGGAUGCAUGAAUCUUUCUCUAGUCGUGGCUUACGCGAAAAAUCCACCAAAGCGGCGAAAGUUUCUCGGUGGGGCACCCACCAGAGCCUCCACAUAUAUAGCGAGGCAUCCACCACAGCACAUUCAGUACCUACUUUGGUCUCGCUUGUUGUACUACAUUGAGUUAAGUGUUCAAUAUGCGAAUGAUCAUUAUCCCUUGUUGUCUUGCCCUGUUUGUGGCGCUCGUGGCAUCCGAGGGCACUGCUGCAGCGGAGAAAGAAGUAGGUGACCAGAAAGCUGCCCAGGCGGCUGCUGGUGAAUCUCAGGCGCACGAGAAGCGCGGACUCCAUGAUUCUAUCGGGGACUGGUCCUUCGGUGGACAUGACGAUCAUCACCAUCACGAGCACGUGAAGACCAUCACCAUCGAAAAGAAAGUCCCCGUGCCCUACCACGUCACCAAGCAUGUCCCAUACACCGUUGAGAAGAAAGUCCCCUAUGAGGUGAAGGUUCCCGUGCCACAGCCCUACGUUGUGGAGAAGAAGGUACCAUACACCGUCAAGGAGUACGUCAAGGUACCCAUCCAUGUACCCCAACCCUACACCGUUGAGAAGAAGGUCCCAUAUGAGGUGAAAGUUCCAGUAGACAAGCCCUAUGAGGUCAAAGUCUUAGUUCCUCAGCCUUACACCGUUGAGAAGAAGAUCGAGGUCCCAGUCAAGGUUCCCGUUCCACAGCCUUAUGAAGUCAUCAAGAAGGUCCCAGUUCCAGUUAAGGUUGAAAUCCCCGUGCCCAAGCCUUACACCGUUGAGAAGCACGUUCAUGUUCCUGUAAAGGUCCCUGUUGACAAGCCUUACAACGUCUAUGUACCCAAGCCCUACAAGGUUGAGGUUGAGAAGCCCUACCCAGUUGUUGUGGAGAAGAAAGUCCCAUAUGAGGUGAAGGUUCCUGUUGACAAGCCCUACAAGGUCUACGUUGAGAAGCCCUACAAGGUUGAGGUGAAAGUACCUGUUCCACAGCCCUACACUGUGGAGAAGAAGGUGCCCUACACGGUGGAGAAGCCUGUCCCAUAUGAGGUUAAGGUUCCCAUUGAGAAGCCCUACCCAGUCUACAAGGAGGUCAAAUUCCCAGUGACCAAGGAGGUGCCAGUGCCCGUCAAGGAGUACGUUCCAUUGAAGUUGCAGAAGGAGGUUGUUGUACACCAUCACUUUGAACACGAUCACCACCAUCAUCACUAAAAGCUAACAGGUUUACCUGUGGAUCCUAAGCUUCUAGUUUCUGACUCUACAACCCCUAUGUCUUUCAUUCUUCAUCAUUCACCAGCAACAGGUUCAUGUACAAAGUGUCUCCAUUAGCCUUUCUUUUGCACAUCGCCUGUCUCCAAUACUCCUGUGCCUGCGCGACCACCUAUCCUCAUCCAGAACAAUCACCUAAUUUAACAACCAUUUGAAGUAUUCAAAGAAGUGGACCAAAAAGAAUUAAAAAAAAACGACGAGGAAUUUUUUGUUUGAAAUAGAAAAGCCGGAUCGCCGUCAAGAAAAUUACAUUCUCUCCAAGCUACUCUAGCCAAUUGUGAUUUUUAUUAAUUAAUGUUUAAGAUGUGUAAUUUUUUUGCAAGAAAUUGUUUUUUUAGUGUGAAAAAGCAAUAAAAAGACAUGAAUGUUUUUUUGUA